AUGGCGCUGCGGCGGGGCGGCGGCGGGGCGCCGGGACGGCUGCUGUUGCUGCUGGGAGCCGCGUGCCUGAUCCCGCCGAGCGCGCAGGUGAGGCGGCUGGCGCGCUGCCCCGCCACUUGCAGCUGUACCAAGGAGUCCAUCAUCUGCGUGGGCUCCUCCUGGGUGCCCAGGAUCGUGCCGGGCGACAUCAGCUCCCUGAGCCUGGUAAAUGGAACGUUCUCGGAAAUCAAGGACCGAAUGUUUUCUCAUCUGCCUUCCCUGCAGCUGCUAUUGCUGAAUUCUAACUCAUUCACAGUCAUCCGGGACGAUGCUUUUGCUGGACUUUUUCAUCUUGAAUACCUGUUCAUUGAAGGGAACAAAAUAGAAACCAUUUCAAGAAACGCCUUCCGUGGCCUUCGUGACCUGACUCACCUUUCUUUGGCCAAUAAUCACAUAAAAGCACUCCCAAGGGAUGUCUUCAGUGAUUUAGACUCUCUGAUUGAACUAGAUUUAAGGGGCAAUAAGUUUGAAUGUGACUGCAAAGCCAAGUGGUUGUAUCUGUGGUUGAAGAUGACAAAUUCCACUGUUUCUGAUGUCCUGUGUAUCGGUCCACCAGAAUAUCAGGAAAAGAAGCUGAAUGACGUGACCAGCUUUGACUACGAAUGCACAACUACAGAUUUUGUUGUUCAUCAGACUCUGCCCUACCAGUCGGUUUCAGUGGAUACGUUCAACUCCAAGAAUGAUGUGUACGUGGCCAUCGCUCAGCCCAGCAUGGAGAACUGCAUGGUGCUGGAGUGGGACCACAUCGAAAUGAAUUUCCGGAGCUAUGACAAUAUUACAGGUCAGUCCAUCGUGGGCUGUAAGCCCAUCCUCAUCGACGACCAGGUCUUUGUGGUGGUGGCCCAGCUCUUCGGCGGCUCUCACAUUUACAGAUACGACGAGAGCUGGACCAAGUUUGUCAAAUUCCAGGACAUAGAAGUCUCUCGCAUUUCCAAGCCCAACGACAUCGAGCUGUUUCAGAUCGAGGACGAGAAGUUCUUUGUCAUCGCAGACAGCUCCAAAGCCGGUCUGUCGACCGUGUACAAAUGGAACAGCAAAGGAUUCUACUCGUACCAGUCUCUGCACGAGUGGUUCAGGGACACGGACGCCGAGUUUGUUGAAAUAGACGGCAAAUCACACCUGAUCCUAUCCAGCCGCUCCCAGGUCCCCAUCAUCCUCCAGUGGAAUAAAAGCUCUAAGAAGUUUGUCCCCCACAGCGACAUCCCCAACAUGGAAGAUGUGCUGGCCGUAAAGAGCUUCAGGAUGCAGAACGCCCUCUACCUUUCCCUCACCCGCUUCAUCGGGGACUCUAGGGUCAUGCGGUGGAAUAGCAAGCAGUUUGUGGAGAUCCAGGCUCUCCCAUCCCGGGGGGCCAUGACCCUGCAGCCCUUUUCUUUUAAAGAGAAUCACUACCUGGCCCUGGGGAGUGACUAUACGUUCUCCCAGAUAUACCAGUGGGAUAAAGAGAAGCAGCUCUUCAAAAAAUUCAAGGAGAUUUAUGUGCAGGCGCCUCGUUCCUUCACAGCCGUCUCCACUGACAGGAGAGAUUUCUUCUUUGCAUCCAGUUUCAAAGGGAAAACAAAGAUUUUUGAACACAUAGUUGUUGACUUAAGUUUAUGAAGGUGUGAUUGGUGAAUUUAAAAGACGCGUAGCUUUAGCUGUCACAAGAGAGGACCAAGGGGGGAAAAAAAAGCCAAGUUCACAGGUCUGAAAUUACAAAUGCACUGGGGAAAUAGUUAGAAGUUUUCAAACUUUUAGAACUCAUAUUUUAAUCAGGGAUUGCAUUUAUUGGCUAACUGCAUGACAUGUCCAUUCUCCCACUUAAAAAGACAUCUGAAAGCCUGUAAUUACUGAGAAAGGAGUACAACGUUAACUCUUACCAUCUAGGGAAAUAAUGCUCCUUUUUUUCUUUUUAAUGAGGAAGGAGAAAAUCGGGUAAGAUGGGACAGCUCUUAUAAUGAAAUAAAAGCAAAAAAAAAAGACCAAACACACUAUGGGCCCUUCUCAUUCCAUUUUAGCAAUCUAGUGGGUAAGAACGCUUAAAGCCAAAGUCAGCUGAAAAGAUUUGCUGAUGAUUAGUUUAAAAAUCUGAUAACACUCAGCAGUGCUAUUUUGAGCCUUCCCUGUUUCCUGAAUCCCCCCUAAUAGCAGAGCCUUGACUGUUUCAUUGGCUCAUAUAGAUGGCUGUUCAUCACGGGUGUGUUAACAAAAUAACGUUUAACGUUGCUUCCUCUGCUACAGAAAAAAUAUUCUGCUGACACACGUAUUGGUCCAUCACAGGCUGUGGGCCCAGGAGUGAGACAAAGAAGUUUCCCCCUCUUCUUGUGGCUCAGAGCUGACCCCCAUGGUGGCCAGAGCAAUUGUGCUUGUUUGAUGCUCUCCAUGGCUCAUCUGCUCCUCUGGACCCAUGCUUUGAGUUUGUGGGUAACCAGCAGACAGGCCAAAGACUGAAUGGUGCUUUUUAUUCUGUCCUUUAGAGCGAUAGAACAGGUAUGUUCAUCUGUGGAGCAUUUGGUAGGAUUUCUGAAGUAAGGUUUUGUGGAGUCAGAGAGGGCUUUUUUAUACAAGUCUUGAUGUUCUUUGAAACCUAGAGAUGAUUCUGUGAUGGAUGCGUGUCUUUGUCCUCUGGGCUACUUAAUAUUUCAAGUAACUGCAUGCCAGCCUACCUACCUGCCCACCUGCCUCCCCGCCCACUCACGUCACCGUCCUGCUUUGUCUACUUGCUGAUAUUGCUGCUGCCAGUCCAAUCCUCCUGAAGGUGCUGAGGCACCACAUCGCAGAACCCCGGGUGUCCGUGACGGCAGUGCCCCUUCCUCUCCCAGGACGCUCGCAGAGGAGACCCAUGCCUUUACACAGGGUGACGUGCUGGCAGGGGCUCAUCCGGUACAGGCUGGGGCUGGGGGGUGGGAAGGGUCUCAGGUUGAUCCAGAGGGACCAGAUUUGGAGCCAGACAUACUGAAUCCCCGUCCACACGCAGGGGACAAGAUGGCCUCUCUGGUGUGGCCCAUUUAGGAAGCUCAUGGGGUCUGGUUUCGUGGAGGGUUCCAGGUAGAUAGUCUGCCUGGUUAGCUGGUUCUCUUCAGAGAAUAUGAAAUGAGUGCUUUCAAGAGCGGCUCUCAAAGAGAAAUCCAACAAGUUCUCUUGUGGCUGUGAAAGUACAGUCACCUUGUAUUGCUGUUUUUUUUGUUUGUUUGUUUUGUUUAU